AUGCCCCGAAAACCCAAGGGUUCCUUUCCCCUCCCUUCUCCACUGCUGUCCCUCUUUGGAAUGGGCAGGGCGCAGCAGCAGGAGGGGCAGGGCAGCAUGAGCAAGGAGCAGCUGGUGGCAGCAGUGGAGGGGAGUGGUCUGACAGACACCAACAUGCGAGGGGGAGGCAUGGGCAAGGAGCAGGUGGGGGCAGCAGUGGAAGUGAGCGGGCUUACAAACACCACCAACAUGCGGCGAGAGAAGGGCGAGGGAGGGGUGGGGUGCAAGCGCGGUGGGAGGGUGGGAAUUGGGCUUGCGGUGAGAGCAGGGGGCAUGCAGGGCGGGAAAUGCAGAGUGCGUAUAUGUGGUGAGAGCGGGCUGCAUGCAGGGCGGGAAAUGCAGAGAGAAAGAGGAUACGUGCCCAACUAUUCCGCGGCGGGGUGUGCCGUGCCAGUCCUUCGCCCACGUGGGGCACAACUACUACUGCGGCUGGAGCGCUCUCACCACACUCAGGCAGCAUGCGCUCGUGGACUGGCGGAAAGGCCGCCCCUCCCUGUGAGUGUGUUGGGUGCUGCCCGCGCUGCCCUGCAGCAUGCGCUGGUGGACUGGCAGCAUGCGCUGGUGGACUGGCAGCAUGCGCUGGUUGACUGGCAGCAUGCGCUUGUGGACUGGCAGCAUGCGCUGGUUGACUGGCAGCAUGCGCUGGUUGACUGGCAGCAUGCGCUGGUUGACUGGCAGCAUGCGCUGGUGGACUGGCAGUAUGCGCUGGUGGACUGGCAGCAUGCGCUGGUGGACUGGCAGCAUGCACUGGUUGACUGGCAGCAUGCGCUGGUUGACUGGCAGCAUGCGCUGGUUGACUGGCAGCAUGCGCUGGUGGACUGGCAGCAUGCGCUGGUUGACUGGCAGCAUGCGCUGGUUGACUGGCAGCAUGCGCUGGUUGACUGGCAGCAUGUGCUGGUUGACUGGCAGCAUGCGCUGGUUGACUGGCAGCAUGCGCUGGUGGACUGGCAGCAUGCGCUGGUUGACUGGCAGUAUGCGCUGGUUGACUGGCAGCAUGCGCUGGUUGACUGGCAGCAUGCGCUGGUUGACUGGCAGCAUGCGCUGGUUGACUGGCAGCAUGCGCUGGUUGACUGGCAGCAUGCGCUGGUUGACUGGCAGCAUGCGCUGGUUGACUGGCAGCGCCGCCGGUGUGUGCGCUGCUGUGAGAGUGCUGCUGCUGCCGCCCUGCUCUGUAAGAGCGCUGCUUUGCUACUCCCUCACACCGGCCGGGGUGGCAGCAGCUCAGAUGUGCAUGGAGCGAGCAGGGCUGCAGACAGGUGCGUGGGGGAGAGGGGAGAGUGGGAGAGGGGUGAGUGGGAGAGGGGUGAGUGGGAGAGGGGUGAGUGGGAGAGGGGUGAGUGGGAGAGGGGUGAGUGGGAGAGGAGUGAGUGGGAGAGGGACUCUCUCGUGCAGCCCUCAGAUGCUCCACCAUCCUCUACCGCUCUGCCACCCUCCACCACCGCUCUGCCAUCCGCCCCUCCACCAGCAGCUAUGCCUCCAUUGAAUCCACCCGCUCACCAGGUGAACCUCGGUCACUUUCCCCCGUUUCCUCCUCAAUAUGCAUUCAAUUCCUCCCUCCCCUCCCUCCUUCUGCAUCCCCUUCCUCAUGGCCCAUGCCUGCUUUCUCCCACUCCCUACUCCACCCUUGUGGCUCUGCGUGCCCCUCCCUUCCUCAUUCCUGCCUCCUUCCAUUUCUUUGCACAAUCACUUCACUUAUG